AAAAAGCUUGCUUUGCCUCUAUCUCGUGCUGUGGCGCUUUGACGCAUCUGUUCCCGUCUUCGCCAUGGUGUUUGUGCAGAUUGCCGUUUGGUCGGCGCUGUUGUCACUGUGGUGCAGUUCCCAUGCCUUGAAGACCCUGGAUGACCAAGAUGCUGCGGAUGCGGACGCAGUCGCUCGAUGCUACAGUGGUCCAGAACAGAGCGUGUGGGAGCUGGUUAUGGGAAAACAGAUUGACAUCGGUGCUGCAUCUUCCACCUUGGAGCUGGCUAAGAAGGCUGGUGUCGGACCAGGGAUGAAUGGAGUUGAGCUGAAUUGCAACAAUGGUGGAGGAAUGCGCACCCUUGUUCGCUUGGCUGGAGUCGACUCCAUGAUUGGAGUGGAUCUGACUAAGUCAGUGGUAGAGACUGGCAAGAAGAGGACAGAGGAAGAGGGGCUGAGUGACAAGAUCAAGUUCAUCAACAAGAACUCCUUGGAGAAUGGACUCCCUGAUGCUUCCGCCGAUUUUGUGUACAGCAAGGAUGCUUGGUGCUACAUGCCUGACAAACAGCUCAUCAUUGAUCAAGCUGCUCGCAUCGUGAAGCCCGGAGGAAAAGUCAUGUUUACGGACUGGAUCGAGGGUGAGGGACUCUCCAAUCCGGAAGCGCAGAGGUUCUUGAGCCUUAUGACAUUCCCUGCCAUCCCGACGGUGAAGGAGUAUGCGCAGAUGCUGGAGAAGGCACACUUUGAGGUUGAAGUUGCAGAGAACAGUGGCCGCUUCUCACCUGCCAUGGACAGCUAUGUGCACAUGCUGAAGUUGCAAGCAGUGUACGAUGCGAAGAAGUUGCUGGGUUGGGAUGAUGAAGCUUAUGACAAGUUGAUCUCCGACUUUGAGUUUAUGGCCAAACUUGCUCGUGAAGGAAAGAUCAUUCAGGGAAUGUUUGUUGGCCGCAAGAAAGAUGUGAAUCGCGAGAUGUGAGUGAUGUAUGAUGAUGUGAAUAGUGCAGGCCAGGCACUUUCCGGAAAGUUCCUUGCGAAACUACAGAUAUCAAGCUUGACCUUCCAAGGCCCCGAUUAAUUAGAUUUCCAGGCGCUGUGUUGUUUGCGACACAAGGAGUGCAGCAUGCUGGCACUUCAUGUAGCAGUCUCAGUGCUUUGAAGCAGUUUGAAAGCACCAGGAAUAUUGGUGCUGGCGGGCCAAGGCUUGUAUAGCAAAAAAGGUCAAAGACUUUCAAAGAGCCGUUCUACAGUGAUGUGAGAGUCAAUGCGAUUCGUUUCCGGAACAGGAAGGAAAUGGUGUGGACAAGUGCCGGUGCUCUCAUAUCUUCUCAGCUUAAUGCAUAGCUGCAUAGCUUGUUAGUUCAUUAGUGCCAGCCUCGUCAUGUGCUCCUGCCUUGAAACUUCAUUUCGACCGCUCACCAUGGAGCAUCUAUGUUCUUUUGGCUUGCCCAAGGGUGCAAACACAGACGAAGUGCAUGGACAAAGCAGGAGGGGCGUCAGCUAAAAGAUGGCUGCGACAGGCUUUGCUGGCACAUUGUUGCAGGCAGAACGUUCAAGUUCGUUGAUUUUCCAGAUGCUUUCUUCUUGUGUUUUUUGAGGGGCGGGUCUUUCUAUUUUGAACAAGUGACGAAUAGCAAGAGAACGCCUUCUGAGACGUCACAUAUGGGUGCGACUUCCUGUGUUUCUGAAUCAGCAGUUCUUGCAAUAGGUGUGUUGUAUGCGGGUUCGUGGCUUUAAAUCAUUUUAGCAUUACAGUAUAUAGUUUGGCGCAGAGUUUCAGGCCUUGCUUGCGUUUCCAACCUAAUAGCUUCUAGCUACUAGUAGCUUCUUGCUACUAGUAAUGCCAGGAACGACUAGUAGCUUCUUGCUCCUAGUAGCGAUGCCCGUUGUUACUAGUAGCUUCUUGUCAAGCACAGUUGAGUUUGAGGCCUUGCUUGCGUGACUUAGUAGGUUUCACCACAGUUUGGCUCAAAAAGCUUGCUUUGCCUCUAUC